UGAAUGAUUUGCCCCGGGGCGGAGCUGGACCUCGCCGCGACCCACCUGAGCCCGUGGUUGCACGGCCCGGGCGGGCGAGCCUGCCAGCACUGCCCCGGCACGGAGGACCAUGGCCACGGAUUCCUGGGCCCUAGCGGUGGAUGAGCAGGAAGCCGCGGCUGAGUCGUUGAGCAACUUGCAUCUUAAGGAAGAGAAAAUCAAACCAGAUGCCAAUGGUGCUGUUAAAACCAACGCUCAUACAGAGAAAACAGAUGAAGAGGAGAAAGAGGACAGAGCUGCUCAGUCUUUGCUCAACAAGCUGAUCAGAAGCAAUCUUGUGGAUAACACCAACCAAGUAGAAGUCCUGCAGAGGGACCCAAGCUCGCCUCUCUACUCAGUGAAGUCUUUCGAAGAGCUUCGUCUGAAACCACAGCUUCUCCAGGGAGUCUAUGCUAUGGGUUUCAACCGCCCAUCCAAAAUACAAGAGAAUGCAUUGCCUUUGAUGCUUGCUGAACCCCCACAGAACUUAAUUGCCCAGUCUCAGUCUGGUACUGGUAAAACAGCUGCCUUUGUGUUGGCCAUGCUCAGCCAAGUAGAGCCAACAAACAGAUAUCCACAGUGUCUCUGCCUCUCUCCAACCUAUGAGCUUGCUCUUCAAACAGGAAAGGUGAUUGAACAGAUGGGCAGGUUUUACCCUGAACUGAAGCUAGCUUAUGCUGUUCGAGGCAAUAAAUUGGACAGAGGUCAGAAGGUCAGUGAGCAGAUUGUCAUUGGCACCCCCGGGACUGUCCUGGAUUGGUGCUCCAAGCUGAAGUUCAUUGACCCCAAGAAGAUCAAGGUGUUUGUUCUGGACGAGGCUGAUGUGAUGAUAGCUACUCAAGGCCACCAAGACCAGAGCAUCCGCAUCCAGAGGAUGCUGCCCAGAAACUGCCAGAUGCUGCUCUUCUCUGCCACCUUUGAAGACUCAGUGUGGAAGUUUGCCCAGAAGGUGGUCCCAGACCCCAACAUCAUCAAACUUAAGCGUGAAGAGGAGACUUUGGACACCAUCAAACAGUAUUAUGUCGUUUGCAAUAACAGAGAGGAGAAGUUCCAGGCCCUGUGCAACCUGUACGGGGCCAUCACCAUCGCCCAAGCCAUGAUCUUCUGCCAUACCCGCAAAACAGCUAGCUGGCUGGCAGCGGAGCUCUCCAAGGAGGGCCACCAGGUGGCUCUGCUGAGUGGGGAGAUGAUGGUGGAGCAGAGGGCAGCUGUGAUUGAGCGCUUCCGAGAAGGCAAAGAGAAGGUCCUGGUGACCACCAACGUGUGUGCCCGUGGUAUUGAUGUUGAACAAGUGUCUGUCGUCAUCAAUUUUGACCUUCCUGUGGACAAGGACGGGAACCCGGACAACGAGACCUACCUGCACCGCAUCGGGCGCACGGGCCGCUUUGGCAAGAGAGGUCUGGCUGUAAACAUGGUUGACAGCAAGCACAGCAUGAAUAUCCUCAACAGAAUCCAGGAGCAUUUUAAUAAGAAGAUAGAAAGAUUGGACACAGAUGAUUUGGAUGAGAUCGAGAAAAUAGCCAACUGAGAAGCUUCACCAGCAACUGGCACCACCCUCAGCACUGUCCCUGCCUGGGAGCAUGGAGCUUUCAUGGCAUAGGCCUUGACAGGCACCUCAAAGACCAAGGCCUGAGUAGAGACUACCUACCUCAUUCAGAAUUACGUUUGGACUUGACAGAAAUUUGUGCAAAUGAUGGGGGAUGGUAGAAAAUUUGUUUACACAACUUUGGAAGAUUAGGCAUGAAUACACAGAAAUUUACCUUUUA